AUGACGCGCGGAGGAGGCGGCGGGAGCCGCCGGAGCCGCCGGAGCCGGGAUCAGGGCGCCGCGCGCGGGGGGUGGGCGCUGCUCGCUCCGCCCUGCGAAGCCCCUGCGCGCCCAGGGACGCGUCCCCCCCGCUGCAGCCGCGCCAGGCUCCGCCGUGUGGCCGCCGCCGCUGCCGCUGCUGCCAUGUCCCCGGGGAAGCCCGGGGCGGGCGGAGCGGGGACGAGGCGGACCGGCUGCAGGAGGAGGAGGCGGAGGCGGCGGCUGGAGGCGGCGACUAGGGCGCCGGGGCUCGGACGCACGGCGGGGCCCGACUCGCGCGUCCCGGGCACGUUCCAGGGCGCGCGGGGCAUGAAGCAGGCGGCGCGGGAGGCGCGGCCGCCUCCGCGCUCGCCCCGGCUCCGCUGGGCGCUGCCGCCGCUGCUGCUGCUGUUGCGCCUGGGCCAGAUCGUGUGCACAGGUGACUGCUCCCGCUGUGAUCUGGUUGAAUUGACAUCUACAGCCAGUGAGAUUCAAUCUAUCAAGGCACCAGGAAACUUUUCAGUGAUAAAUGUAACGGAUUUGAGUGGCCAGAGUCAGCAGUUUCCCAGAGCAGACAGUGAUGGGAAGACUUCAUUUUCAGGGCUGGUUCCUGGGACGCACUAUCUUUUCACCUUUUCAAAUGGCUCCAGUACCUGCUGCCAAGAAGUGCAAAUACAACCCAGUCCUACAGAAGCUGUUACCAUCAGUCCAACCAGUGUGACCCUAACCUGGAAAAACGACACAGCUGGAGUAACGAGUAAGAUGGAAAAUGGGCAGAUGAGUCUUGCAAAUCAAACAGGUGUUAACAGCACAUACUCAAGUCCAGGAAGCAAUGGGACUUCAGGAGAUACCACAUUAGAUGCCAGCAGCACAGACCGCUCUCUGCAGCCGCCCAGGAGCCCCACUGCCCCUGGGUACAUAUACGGACUCGAACCUGCAGCCCCCUCCUCUGACCCUUCUCUGCCCCAAGACACCACGGAAGUCCUGCUUUUUGGGUUAAAGUCUGACACACAGUACAAGGCCACUGUUUAUCCUCGAGCAGCAAGUGGUGCCGAAGGACAGCCCCGCGCCACAGAGUUCAAAACAAAUUCCAGUCAGGUGUUUGACAUCAAAGUUGUGAACAUCAGUGCCACAGGCUUGACCCUGACCUGGAAAAUCAAUGACAAUGAGUCAUCCUCUGUCUAUACCUACAAGAUACAAGUUGCUGGCGAGACAGAUUCCUUCAAUCUCACUGUCAGUGAGACUCGUGCCGUCAUCACCUCACUCAGCUCGAGCACCUUAUACGACAUCACAGUGUGGCCUUUCCUUAACAACAGUUACGAGGGCAUACCGGGCUUUCUCCAAGUGUACACCCCCCCCUGUCCAGUUUCUGACUUUCGAGUGACAAGUGUCAGCACAAGGGAAAUUGGCUUAGCGUGGAACAGCAAUGACUCUAAUUCCUUUGAGAUAUAUAUCACACCGGAUGAAGCUGGAGGACCUAACACAACCACCGAACAAAGUAUUGUCAUUGGUGGCUUACGCCCUGGAACCAAGUAUCGUUUUGACAUAUUUCCACAAGGACCAAAUGGGACUAAAGGGGAUUCCCAAACAGUUAACGGUACAACUGACCUCAGUGCAGUGUUUGAUAUCCGUGUGGUUAAUGUCACCACAACCGACAUGCAGUUGGUGUGGCGGAAUACGGACAAUGUUACUGGGUACAUCUACUGUGUAGUGAUACAGUCUGAGCACAGCUCUAACCAGACAAAUAGUUCUCAUGAAGCGAUCACUCUCGGGGGCCUGAUCCCGGGCACCUUAUAUAACAUCACAAUCUUCCCAGAAAUGAACGAUACCUGGGGGCAAUCCAACUCCACUGCACAGUACACACGGCCCAGCAAUGUGUCCAACAUUGAAGUAAGGACCAACACCACAGCAGCAACCUUAAACUGGCAGAACUUUGAUAACACCUCUUUCAGGUACACCUACCGCCUUCUUAUUGAGCAGGAUGGAAAUUCCAGCAAGGCCACAUCAAUAGUCACAGGCAUCGGCACCACCUAUGCUACAGUCACCGAGUUAACACCUGGCUCCUCAUACACCGUAGAGAUCUUCACACAGGUGGGGAAUGUCAUUGAGUCACUGGCACCUGGCUGGCAGUCAUUCUGUACAGACCCUGCACCAGUAACCUCCUUCCACUGUGAAGUGGUCCCCAAAGAGCCAACCUUGGUCCUCAGGUGGGCCUGCCCUUUCGGCACCAACACAGGCUUCGAGCUGGAGGUCAGCCACGGAGACUGGGAAAAUAUGACGGACCUAGAGAGCUGCUCCUCGGAGAACGGCUCCGAGUACAGGACGGAAGUCACAUAUUUGAAUUUUUCUACCUUGUACAACAUCAGCGUCACUGCCCGGUCCUGUAACAAGAUGGCACCGCCCACCCAGAACACCUGCCUCACUGGCAUCACAGACCCUCCUUCUCCAGAUGGAUCCCCUAAUAUUACAUCUGUCAGUCACAAUUCUGUGAAGGUCAAAUUCAGUGGGUUUGAAGCCAGCCAUGGACCCAUCAAAGCCUACGCUCUCAUUCUCACCACUGGGGACGCUGUUCACCCGUCAGCAGAUGUAUUGAGAUAUACGUACGAAGAUUUCAAAAAGGGGGACUCGGAUACUUAUGUGACAUACCUCAUAACAACAGAAGAAAAAAGAUAUUCUCAGGGCUUAUCUGAAGUCUUGAGAUACGAAAUCAAUGUUGGGAACGAGUCCACCACGCAUGGCUAUUACAACGGGAAGCUGGAACCUCUGGGUUCCUAUCGGGCUUCUGUGGCUGGCUUCACCAAUAUUACCUUCAACCCUCACGGUGAUGGACUCAUAGACGGGGCUGAGAGCUACGUGUCCUUCAGUCGCUAUUCAGAUGCUGUUUUCUUGCCCCAGGAUCCAGGUGUCAUAUGUGGAGCAGUGUUUGGAUGUAUCUUUGGUGCCUUGGUUAUUGUGGCCGUAGGAGGCUUCCUCUUCUGGAGAAAGAAAAGGAAAGAUGCCAAGAACAAUGAUGUGUCCUUUUCUCAAAUUAAAUCCAAGUUAAUCAAAGUGGAGAAUUUUGAGGCCUACUUUAAGAAACAGCAAGCUGACUCCAACUGUGGAUUUGCGGAAGAAUAUGAAGAUCUGAAGCUUGUUGGAAUUAGUCUACCUAAGUACGCAGCUGAACUGGCUGAGAAUAGAGGAAAAAAUCGCUAUAAUAAUGUUCUACCCUACGAUAUAUCCCGUGUCAAACUUUCAGUCCAUGCCCAUUCAACUGACGACUACAUCAAUGCCAACUACAUGCCUGGCUACCAUUCCAAGAAAGAUUUUAUUGCCACACAAGGACCUUUACCCAACACUUUGAAAGAUUUUUGGCGUAUGGUUUGGGAGAAAAAUGUCUAUGCCAUUGUCAUGUUGACCAAGUGUGUUGAACAGGGAAGGACCAAAUGUGAGGAGUACUGGCCCUACAAGCAGGCUCAGGAUUAUGGGGACAUAACGGUGGCAAUGACGUCAGAAAUCGUUCUACCAGAAUGGACCAUCAGAGACUUCACAGUGAAAAAUAUUCAGACAAGUGAGAGUCACCCUCUGCGUCAGUUCCAUUUCACCUCCUGGCCUGACCAUGGUGUUCCCGACACCACUGACCUGCUCAUCAACUUCCGAUACCUUGUUCGUGACUACAUGAAGCAGAGUCCCCCUGAGUCACCGAUUCUGGUGCACUGCAGUGCUGGGGUGGGAAGGACGGGCACUUUCAUUGCCAUCGAUCGUCUUAUCUAUCAGAUAGAGGACGAGAACACUGUGGAUGUGUACGGGAUUGUGUACGACCUUCGAAUGCACAGGCCUUUAAUGGUGCAAACAGAGGACCAGUAUGUUUUCCUCAAUCAGUGUGUUUUGGAUAUUAUCAGAUCCCAGAAGGACUCGAAAGUAGAUCUCAUCUACCAGAACACAACCGCAAUGACAAUCUACGAAAACCUUGCACCAGUGACCGCGUUCGGAAAGACAAAUGGUUACAUUGCCUAAAUUCCAAAGGAAAACCUUUCUGGAGUUAACCAGACCGUCACACCCACAGCAAAGGAAAAUGCCCCGAUGUUGACAUGUUUUUAUAUGUCUAGUAUCCUAAUUCUUUGUUCCGUUUUGUUAGAACUAAUUUGAGAGUGUGAAGCUGCACAUGUGAAACAUGACAAAUGAGAAGUUGGGGCUAUCAGGGGCUGUGGAUGGGUGGUGAGCAAAUCAACUAUGUUUCUGAUUAUCAGUGGGAUGAGUUCACUCUUUUUUUUUUUUCUUGAGAAUUACAGAACACCAGGAAAAGUGAGCUAUGAUUUUUUUUUUCUUUUACAAGACAUUCUUUUUUAAAAAGACUAUUUUAUAUGAUUCACACGCUAAAGCCAGGAUUGUGUUAGGUUGAAUAUAUUUUAAGUAUCAGAGGUCUAUUUUUACCUACUGUAUCUUGGAAUCUAGCUGAUGGAAAAUACAUAAUUGUGGAUGAUUAUCAUGUAGGGAGGGCUACGUGGUACCUCUCCUGCCUGGGUUUUCUAUUUGAACAUGUGCCUUUUCUGAAUUAUGCUUCCACAGGUAAAACUCAGUAGAUCUCUAUUUUUGUAUUGAAUCUCAUAAUUGGACUAUGUGGAAUAUUUAAACAGUAGUUUAGUAUCAGAGGUUCAGCCUUCUCAGUAACAUUCCUGUUCUCAUUUGAUUAGAGGAGAUCCUCCCCAACUUCCCCCAUCCCCUGUUUUGUGCUCUAUUCUUUCUUCCCUUUUCCCCUCCUAUUUUUCCCCAAAGACACUUCUGAUGGCCACAUUUUCUGCCCAUUGGUUGAGCAAGAGUGGAAACUAAAUUAUCACCGUGAGAAUUUAGGGGUGGGGGAAGGUCGGGGGGAAGCAGAGGAACCCUUCAGUGACACAAUAAUCUUUUAUUGUCCCCAUUUGAUCUUUUUUCUCAUUUCUGUAUGUGGUAAGAAGGAUUAUUUAAAGGUGCAAUAUGUGACUUAGUGAUUCAUGAUGCUCUAGGUUUUUAGUAACGUUUUACUCAGGUUGGCAUUUUAUGUGUCUCUGUGUGUCCGUGUAUGUGUGUGUGUUUUUAAAAGCGUGGCAAUCUGCGAACACUUCCGUGUGAAAACAGUGUCAGAUGAAUCCCUCCUUCUGUAGAGUCUACUGGCUUUAGUCUGUAUCUGCAGUGACACAUACCCGUAUCUGCUGUGUAUAUAUAUAUACUAAGCUCUUAAAACAGUCAUUCCUUGGAACUGAGGUGUACAAAGUUUGAAUUUGUAUCAAAGAUGUAAUUAUUAUUUUUAAAACUUCUUUUCACUAUACUGCUGCUGUAAUUACUUUGAUUUUUUAAAGUGUAGAUUGAUUUUUGUUGUUGUUGUUUUUGGCUUUCAGGUAUGUGUAAUCCACCGAGAAUUUCAGAAUCUAUGUGGAUUUAUUUUAUUGGUACAUAAUCUGUAAACUUCUCAAGGCAUUAACACGAAAGGAUUUGUUUCUUUUUAUUUUAUAUUGUGGCUCAGGUUAUAUUUUGAAGAUGUGUUGAGUUUCUCCUCCAAUAGGCAAUGAAGUGUACAAGGUCUUAUGAAGGAAUGACCAAGUCCCUGGAGUCCUGUGGCCGUUUCCCACAGUCAUAAAUCCUGCUGUAAACAUAGGACGAUGUGUCCUAUUGAAAAUGGGAGCGGGGUGCCCUGGUCACCGUGGAUCUGUGGGAACCUGUCUCCUGACCCUGCCAUGCUCCUUAACUCACCGGCACUUCGAUCACUGACUGGACAGUUGGGUAUUUUAGGGUCACGAAGGGGGAACCACCGCGUACAGAAAGCCCUUGAUUCGGUUCAGAGGUCGAGUGUUGCACGUCUUUUGUCUCCCUCUCCCUUUGAGGUACUGAAAGAAAUAAAGGAGAAGUGGUGAUGGUGUCGUG